AUGUCGUCGAGAGCACUCAGGAAGGCCCAGCGCGAGCGCGAAGAGCAGGAGCAAUUGCGAAAGCUCGAGGAAGAGCAGGAGGAAGAUGAGGAGUCCGAAGAGGAAGCUGCUCCUGCUGCUCCUGCCAAACAGAGUCUCUUUGCUAUGUUGAACGAGGAUGGUGCCGACGAAGAAGACGAUGCUGCUGAAGACGACGAUAUCGAGCAGGAGGCAUCCGAAGACGAGCCCGAGAAACCCACGCAACCCAUGCAACCUACCCAGCAAGCACCCAAACCGUCUAGCAAGUCUAAAAAGAAGAAGAAGAAGGCAAAGAAGGCCCAGUCUACCGCUGCCAAAGCCGACCCAUCGCUCGACGAUAUCGACCUCGCCCUGAAGUCUCUCAGUACGAAAGGCUCUGGUACUGCCACACCCACCAACACUGCAGACCCUACUACUAGCGAGAUUUGUCGACUACUUUCCGUUGACACAUCCUCAUUGCAUGCUGCCAACGAGAUGCGCAGACUGUUUGGUCGCGCUGCUUUGGAAGGUGACAACGACGAUGAUAACAACGCCGGUGGACGUAGGAGAAACCGAGGCGGCGGUCAACAGGCUGGCCUGGCUGCCGCUCUGGGUAGACGACCGGGGGGAAGAAGCGAUGGUCUGGCCGCUCUCAGCCGUCGUCGUAACAUCUUCAUCCAGGGUAAGGAAGAGUGGCCUGUGGCUACGAGCGGCGGUCUUGGUAUGGAAGUCAUCGAGAAGAGAUCAGACGGCACCGUCGAGUACGCCUUUGUCCACAGUCGCAUCUACCAGGACGUUCAGUCUCAAUUCGAGACUUGUGUGGCCUCGAUGGAUCCUCAGCGUAUGGUGCUUUUGCUGCAACACAACCCUUACCACAUCAGCACUCUGCUGCAGGUCUCGGAAAUCGCAAAGCAAGAGCGUGACCAUACCACUUCUGGUGAUCUGUUGGAGCGCGCUCUCUUCUCUUUCGGUCGCGCUGUCCACUCGACUUUCUCAGCCAAUCUCCAGCAAGGUAAAGCUCGUCUUGACUUCCGCCGGCCUGAGAAUCGUGAGUUCUGGCUAGCUGCCUGCCGGUACAUCUCCAAUUUGGGUAUGCGUUCGACCUGGCGAACUGUCUAUGAGUGGUCGAAGCUGCUGCUGAGUCUCGAUCCUGAGAACGAUCCCUACUGCAUCAGCCUCGUCAUUGACCAGUAUGCUCUGCGUGGACGUCAAGCUCAGAACUUCCUCGACCUUGUCAACAACCCCAUCUUCACAUCAAAGUGGAAGCACCUGCCUAAUGUCCAACUCAGUCGUGCUCUAGCACUCGUCCGGGUCGGCGAUGCAGCCAAGGGCAAGCAAUCUCUCUAUACUGCUGUCAGUCGCUUCCCCUGGGUCGCGGCUCGCCUUUUCCAAGAGCUCAACAUCGAUCCUCCACCUGGUGUCUGGGGCAAGUCUCCACGCACAGACAGCGAGAAGUUGCACUCUGAGGUCUAUGCUACUCGUGCAAAGGACCUAUGGAACACUCCAGAGGCUAGCGAUUUGCUCGUCGAAGUCAGCUCGGCACUCAGUAGUGAUAUCGCCGAGCCUGGUGUCGUGGAUCGAGAUAUUACUCUGAACGAAGGCAGACAUAUCUUGAUGAGUGACCUACCACCCCUCAUCGCAUUGCUACCUCGCUCCAUCACAGCAAAGGUCACAUCAGCUUCCGACCCUCUGCCUCCACAAGAUAACAUUGCCUCGUACGCACCAUCUGGUACCUCUCGAAAUGCCACACAGCCUACAUCAGGUGCAUUGGGCGGGGCAGCUGAGAGCCUUCGCGAGCUCCAGGGCCUUUACCGCUUCUUCUCGGAGCUGUUCCCGUGGUUCAACCCUACUGGCGAAGGCGAGGAAAGACCUCAGCCGAACGAGGAGGAAAUCGAGAGGCGGAUUGCCGAGAGUGGUGUGUCUGAGGAAGUCAUUGUUCAGCGCACGCAACGUCUCAUGGAGCUGCAGCAGCGAUUGAUCUCCAUUGGCCAGCCUGAAGCACAGGGCGAAGCUCCUGCAAUCGAAGAAGAAGACGACGAGUAA